UCGUAUUAUUAUAAAUGUCAGCUGUCAGCUGAAAAAGUGUUGCAGUUAAAAUUACGUUGGAGGAUUAUAUUUUAUUUAUAUUUUUUGAGAAUGUCUCGGUUUAUUCUGGUUAGAAUUUCUCAGUUCCUCAAUAAAUUAGAUGUAGCACUUGCUCAAAUCUUUCGUGGUCCAUUUCAAUCCCCCCAACCAGCUAUCUUGGGUAUAAACCCCAACUCACACAUCGGGUCAACAAAAAAUGAUUCAAAGUAUGGUCUUCGAGACCUCAUAGGAGAUGGUAUCCUAUGGGCUGUUCCCAAACACCGAAGGACUAUAGAGCGAAGACUAAGUCGUAAGUUUGGUUAUCCAGAAUACAACUGGAAGCCCUUGAAGUUGAAGACUCAUUUGCGUUCGUGUAACAACUGUGGUCACGAUCACGAGAUUGGUGUUUUAUGUCCCAAUUGCUAUGCAAAGGUACGUACUGAAACACAGCUAAUGCAAGACAAAAUCCAAGAAAAAUUAGGACUUAAUCCAGUAGAACAGGAAGUAAUAGUCUUGUACGAAGGCGAGAAGCAUGAACAGCCUUCCGAAUUUCUGGACGGUAAACGAAUUGUUGAAAUGGAAAAACCUCGUCCUAAUUGGUUUAGUAAGAAUCUAAUACAAAAAACAACUCAAAAGCCAGCCACAACCAAAGAAGCUAAGCCUUCCGAUCUCGGAUAAGAGAACCUGUAAAACUUUAUUGGUUAAAUAAAUAAUCAAAAAAUUGUACAAA